AAGACAGGGCGCCAAGGACGGGGAGGCACAGCGCUUCCUACCAUCCAAGAAAAAGACGUAUUUCUCCGUUAUCCUUUAGUGUUGGCGUCGCCUUACCAUCCCAGGGCCAAAGGGAAUCUUCACGGACCACUGUGCUCAGAUAUUAAUGGUGAGCACUUCAAGAUAAUUAAUUUGUGGAGCCAAGCUUGUCAAGACUGGAUGACCACUUCUUUUGGCAUUUCUGUUACUCACAGAGAGGUGAUGUAAGGCUGGAGCACACUUGACCCUGGCUGUGUUGUCACUUCAGCUUUGCUUUCACUCUGAAGGCAGAGCCAACAUGUGAGAACUGAACUGUCUCUGGGGAGUAAGAUGGGAAGCCCAUUGCAGACUCCAUCCCUUGCUACAAGUUGCAGUAGGUAUUACUGACAUUGUCUUGGGAAAUUUAUGAAACUAAAGUGAGCCCUUUGGGAAGCUUCUCCAUCAGCCAGGCAGUGCAGAGAGGAGGAAAUUUCCAGUCCUCUCUGGAAUAUGGAUAAUCAGAUGAACCUUAAGUAGCAGUAAGUUCAGUUGAAACCAUAGAAGCAUGGAAGGUGUGUUGGAAGAAGCAGAGGCUCCAAAUAGUCCUGCAGAUUUGCCUUUGCAUCAGGAUCUUUUGAGAAACCAACAGAACAAGGAUGGAAAGAGUUUGAGCUCAAAAAGUAUGGAAGGUGUGAUUGAAGAAGCAGGGGCUGCGAGUAGUUCUGCAGCAUUGUGUUUGCAAUUUGGUCUUUCAAGAGACCAGGAGAAGAUUUCUGUUCAGGGAGAUACAGAUGAAGAUACAGUUGUGAGGGAAAAUGGGAAGCAAGGUGUUUGUGAAAAUGGUGUUGAAAGUAUUGAAUGUGUGGGUCAGGAUGUACAAACUAAAGUAGAUAAGGAAACAAAUGGAAAUUCUGUAGGAAAGCUGGAUGACAGCAAGGAAAAGGAAAAUAAUCCAGACUGUGAGCAUUACCCUGAAGUAGAGAAUAACAAGAACACUGGGGACCACACUCCAACGGGGGAUAUGGAUGAUAAUGUAGCUGAGACUGAAGAUCUUGAUGGCAAACCAAAUACAGUUCAUGGUAGUGAAGAAAAUAUGGAUACAAGCAGUGAGGAAACAGGAAAAAGUUCAGUAGGUGGUUUAGUUGACUCUGCCAUUACAGAUAGAGUUAAUGAAUCAAAAUGUGAAGUGAGUGUGGAUGAGGGUGCUGUUCGUGAAAGGGAACAGGAACUUAAUGAAAAUGGCUGCCAACCAGAAGCAGAUGGUCAUGGUGGAAGUGAAUGUCCGAGUGAUGAAAAGCUUACAGAGGCUGCGGAAGAAAGUGAAGCAGUCAUCUGUAAUAAUGAAGUGGCAGGGAAAAUAAGUGGAACUGAGGAUUCAGACCGAAUCCUUUAUCAUGAAGAAAGGGCAAUGAAAAGGAGUGAGAUAAGAGACUCAGAGAAAGUGCAUGCUAAGAGUAAGGAUGCUGAGAAACUUACAGAAGAUGCAGAAGAGAAUGAAGGUGCUACCAAUCAUGAUGAACUGGUGGUGGGUGGAAGUGGGAUUGGAGAUUCAGAGGACAAGACUGCUGUGGAUAAGGACACGGGCAAGUCUGCAGAGGAUUUAGAAGAAAGUGAAGGAGAGAACCCUAACCCAGAAGCCAUGCCUGUUGAGGAUACAAGUGAGAUGGAAGCUGAGGUUACGCAAGAAGAAAAAGAGAAAGAGGAGAACUGUGUUGAAAUGGUUGAAGCUGAUGGGGAUGAAAUGAACCGUGAAAAAGCAGAAGGAAAGGAGGAGAUUAAUGAUGAAAGGAGAGGUGAAGAGGAGAAUGAGAUCGAUCUUGAAACAUCAGGACGAAAGGAGAUGAGAAAGGAAGAGGAGGAGAGUGUUGAAAUGAUAGGAGAGGAGAGAAGUGUUGAACUGGCUGAAGAGAAAGAGGUGGACACUGAAAGAAAAGAAGAAGAGAAGGAAAAGGUUGAAACUGCAGAAGGAAAUGAAAUGGAUAUUGAAAGGGCAGAGGGGACGAAGGAAAGGGAUGCUGAGAUUCAAGAAGAGGAGGAAAGGAAAGUGGAAGAGAAGCAAGGUGUUGAAAUGGAUGAAGAGGAGAAGGAAAGGGAUAAUGAAACUGCAGAAAGAGAGGAAAUGGGGAUUGGAACAUCAAAAGAAACAGAGAAGAUGGGUGAUGAAAAGACAAAAGAAAGGGGGAAAGAAUCAGAAAUAGAAGAGGAGGAAUUUGGAGGAGCUAGAGGAGAGGAAGUUGAGGAAAAGAUAGAAAAGAGCCAAGAAUAUAAGGCAAGUUUAAAGGAAGGGUCAAAGGAUAAGGAUAAGGAAAAAGAUGGAGGAAAGGGGGAAGAAUUUGCUGAUGAGCUGCAUGCAUCGAUGGGCAAAGAAGAAGCUCGGAAAGUGGCAAGUGAAAAUACCAUUGCGUUAAGAAAGGGAGGUAUGGAAGGGGAGUCACCGAAGCAAGAUAAGUCAGAGGAAAGAAAUGUAACCAAAGAAAUAAAACAUGAUGGUGCUGAAGAACAUUUACCACACAGAGAUGAAGAUGAAACAUGUGAAAAGCAAAAGAAUGGAGUAGGUCAGUUAGUCCAGUCAGAUCCAUUGAAAGAAUCACAAAACCGAACAUGUGAACACGAUUUAGAACCACAUCAGAAAGAAACUAACAAAGAUCUAACUGCGCUGACAGCUGCUGAAGACUUACAGACCAUAACAAAAGAACAAACACCUGAGAAAACUGUUAGUAAGUUAGAUGUAGUAAAUGCAGCUGAGGACUCUCUUGACUGUACUGGUAAAAAUCAACCUGAAGCAGAUGAGGAAGUCAGUGAAAGGGCUGGUGAAUCAGAUGUACCAAACCUAGACGAGCCUUCACCAAAACAGACUGAACAAAAUGAACCAGAAAUUGAAGAACGGGAGGAAAGCAAUAGUGAGAGAAAAACAAUAAACCAACAAGAAGUAGAGAAAAGCAAGAGUGGGCAGAGUAUUGCAGAGAGAGAAACAUUGAGUGAACAAGAAGUAGAGAACAGCAGCACUGGGAAGAGUACGAAGGAGAGAGAAACAUUGAGUGAACAAGAAGUAGAGAACAGCAGCACUGGGAAGAGUACGAAGGAGAGAGAAACAUUGAGUGAACAAGAAGUAGAGAACAGCAGCACUGGGAAGAGUACGGAGGAGAGAGAAACAUUGAGUGAACAAGAAGUAGAGAACAGCAGCACUGGGAAGAGUACGGAGGAGAGAGAAACAUUGAGUGAACAAGAAGUAGAGAACAGCAGCACUGGGAAGAGUACGGAGGAGAGAGAAACAUUGAGUGAACAAGAAGGGGAGAACAGCAGCACUGGGAAGAGCACGGAGGAGAGAGAAACAUUGAGUGAACAAGAAGGGGAGGAAAGCAACAGUGGGCAGAGUAUUGAAGAGAGAGAAACACUGAACCAGCAAGUAGUAGAGAGAGGCAACAGAGGGCAGAGUACUGAGAAGAGGAAAAUAUUUAAACAGCAGGGAGAGGUACAAUGGGACACUUCUUCAAACCAAGUCAUCAAGGAAUCAGAUCUCUUGUGCACUGAUUGUACCUUACUGGAGGUUAUCCCUAAAGCUGGUAAACAGUUCCAUAGUAGUGGGGAAGUGACAUCAGAGGCAGGACAGUGUGGUGAGAAAAAUAAUCCCAUAGAGAUGAAACACAAAGGUAUUGGUAGUGUGACCUCCAGUGAUGUUGGAGAGGCAGUUUGUAGCACCAGUAAGAUCAUGUCUGGUAAGAACAGCAUUGCAAGAAAGUCAACCAGUAAGAUGAACUGUAAAAUUCCAAAAAGCUCCAAGAAUCAAAGUAUUAACACCAACGAAGAGAAAGGCAGACCAGAACAAGGAGGAGAAAGAGGUGAGGCUUCCCCUGCAGGACUCCACAAGCAGGUGUCCUCACUGCUUCAGCAUCCCUCAGCCAAGGAGACACCCAGCAGGAAGGUGCCUAGUAAAGUCUAUGUAUACACUCGUCGUCCAGAAGGGAAAAUAACUACAUUGCCUUGGUCCACAGUACCCUCACAACAAUGGAAUCAGAGUGAAAAAAUGCAGGACUCUGAUGACUCAGACAUAGAAAUCAUUUCAGAAAACAUUGCAGCACCCAGUAAUGCUUUAUUGCCCAGGAGUGUAGCCCCCAUAGUGUGUGAGGUGUGUUACAUGAUAUGGAAUAACAAUGUGCUUGAGGCAAUUUUUGAGGGCAACAAGGCUGUCACUGUCAACUCCAAGAUCACAUAUGGUGCCAUCUUAUGCUUGAACAGGUAUGCAGACGUUCAUUACUGGGAAAACAAAGAGCAGACUCUGAGAAAUGUGUUGGAACGAGCUGACCUAGGCAGGAACAUUGGGAACCUGAGGAUGACGGACGUUAUUAAGUGGCUGAACCAUAUGAUCAGAGAUGGCUCAGUGAAGUGCUGUGAUGUGUUUGACGCUGUGUACGAUGCUGCGAAUGCCAGUAGUUUACUUACUUCUUUGCUGAAUCCAAAGCCAAAUGUUGCUUCAGAAUCAGCACCAAGGCAGGAAAACAAGGGAAAGCCUAUGGAAGAGACUCUCAAGAGGAAGACGGGCAGCUCCAAUAGAGUAAAUUCUCAAGGCCAAGCAUCAUCAGAAACUGCCAAGCCCAGCACCCACCCAGAUGCCUCCCCAAAAGUCUCAAGAUCAGAGGACAUCAAGAAGGUUGUGAAGUCCACACACACUCAGGCUAAAGUUAAGGAGUCUCCAUCCAGUACUGGAGAUGUGCUCAAGGGGAAGGACACCCUGAAGUCAAAUGCACAUACUCCCAAAACUGCCCUCAAGAAUAUAUCUGAAGUUGCAAACAAAACUGUGACUCAUGAAAAAGUUACUCUCAAGGAGUGCAGUGUCAAUUUGGGGAUACGUGUGCAAGUACCACAACAGAGAACCCGCUCACGGUCUGUCAGCAGCAGCUCACAAGCGGUUUCUAAGAGACGGCAACCCCUCAAGGAGGUGGAUAAGGAGGUGUCAUGUGAAAAGAAAGGCAGAGUCUCUGGCCCUCCACUGAGUGACAAGGAAUCUGCUGAUACAGAAGGUUCACUUCAUUUAGAAGAUAAAAAUCCAGCUGAAAAAACAGCUAGAAAGAAAUUCAGAGCAGCAGUGUCUAAACAAUCUCUUGAGGAAGAUAAGUCUGUAAGGGCAGGGGAGAAGAAAGAAAUGCUUGAGUCAGAGAGCUCAGAGGAUGGAGAGAAUACAAAUGAUUUACCAAUUGAUAAAGAUACAACUAAUGUGUCUGACAAAUUGGGUAAUGAAAAGAGCACUGGUGAAUCAGAACAGAAAGUGGAUGAAUCGGAAGAAAAUAAAACUGGGAAAAAUUCAAAUAGAGCAAAGGAGAAAAUUAUGUCUCAAGAUGACAUUGAUUGUAAAAGACCUGUUAAAAGGAAUAGGAAACCCUCCAACACUAAAGAGAAAACUGAUAAGAUGGACAUGUUGCAGGCAGAACACAAAGCAAAGCGAGUGAAGCAAGAUGUGAUCCCAGAUGUAUUGGUCAGUAACAAACCGUCCAGCAAUAAAGAGAAAACUGAUGAGACUGACAUAUUGCAGGCAGAAAAUAAAACAAAGGGAGUGCAGCAAGAUGUGUUGGUCAGCAACAGUUUGUCAAAACAGAAAAAGAGGCCCUCUGGAGACUCUGAGGUGAGUUUGUCAAAACAGAAAAAGAGGCCCUCUGUAGGCCCUGCACCCCAGUCCCUAAAGAAGCAGAGGGUGCUGAGUGAGGCACAAAGAGAUUCACCAGAUGAGGAUGUGUCAAAUCAUCCCUCUGAAGUUAAUGGAAGGUUAUCACCUACAACUGGCAGAAGGACUAGAGGGAAGACUAAGAGCUUUGCCUCAACAGACUCUGAGAGCUUGUCGCUUUCCCUUGAGAACACCAAUGACAACCUUUCAGACUCAGGUGGCAGAAGGACUAGAAGAAAGAGUAAGAGCUGUGCCUCGACAGACUCCAGGGACUCCGAGGACUUAUCACCUUCCCUUGAGAACACCACUGACAACCUCAUAGACACAGUUAGCAGAAGGACAAGAACAAAGAGUAAGAGCUGUGCCUCGACAGACUCCAGGGACUCCGAGGACUUAUCACCUUCCCUUGAGAACACCACUGACAACCUCAUAGACACAGUUAGCAGAAGGACAAGAAGGAAGAGUAAGAGCUGUGCCUCGACAGACUCCAGGGACUCUUACAGCUUAUCACUUUCCACUGAGAACACCAAUGACAGCCUCACAGAUACAGUUGAUGGAAGGACUAGAAGAAAGGUUAAGAGCUGUGGCUCAACAGACUCCAGGGACUCUGAGAGCUUGUCACUUUCCCUUGGAAACACCAAUGACAGCCUCACAGAUACAGUUGAUGGAAGGACUAGAAGAAAGGUUAAGAGCUGUGGCUCAACAGACUCCAGGGACUCUGAGAGCUUGUCACUUUCCCUUGGAAACACCAAUGACAGCCUCACAGAUACAGUUGACAGAAGAUCUAGAAGAAAGGCUAAGAGCUGUGCCUCAACAAACUCCAGGGACUCUGAGAACUUGUCACCUUUCCUUGAGAACACCAAUGACAGCCUCACAGAUACAGUUGGCAGAAGGACAAGAAGGGAGACUAAGCGUGUUGCCUCAGCAGAUUCCAGAAACUCUGAGAGCUUGUCACCUUCCCUUGAGAACACCAAUGACAGCCUUUCAGAUGACCCACCACCAAGCUGUGAGUUCUCUUAUGAGUCUGAUCAUGAAGUCAGUGGAAAAAGAUCAGUGUCCCCAGUAAUAAGAACAAGACCUGAAAAGACUUUAAAUUCUUCAAAAGUCUUAAAAACUAAAUCACAGAGAACACCAGCAGUCAAGGGAGUUGUCCCCCACAGUGAGUCAUCAUCUGACAGCUGUGGUCAACAGAUAACUGAUGCUGUUCAUUUGACUCCUCAGUUGAGUAGAUCCAUUGAUGGCAAACUUGGGCCAUGGUCUGAAAAUACUGAGGAGUCCACAAAUAUGUUAGUACAACAGUUAGGGUUGAAUGUUAGUGGCAUUAACCUGUACUGCAAUGUUACUGACACUAAGAUAUUAACCAAUGGGGACAUGAAAAAUAAGGCUUCUGACAGAGGGAAAUCCAUCCCAGCUUUAGAGACCAUGUUAAAGGAACGCUCAAACCUUGAUGGGGUUGCCAGAGAUGCAUUUGAUCUGCUUCCUUUUGAAUCAAGCAACUUUUCAAUCAGUGGUAAUAGUGCUAGCAAGGAACGCUUUCUCACCAAUCAGGAACUUCUUGUGCUACAGAACAUUUGUGUACUGAACCCUGAGAAUCCUGAUGUGGAUAUGUUCUAUCAGAUUCUCAUUCAGAUACUGCUGGCUCGUAAGCGAGUGUUGCUGGUGCCCAACAGCCUCACCCUCCUCCUCGUGGCUGAAGGGGUCCGCAGAGAGUUUAACCGUGCCAAGAGAAAGGGGAAGUAUGUACUGUAUCUUGCCCAGGACUGGGAUGCAGAUAAACUAUACACAGCUGAAGAUUUCUGGCUUGGUAAUAAGAGGCCCCCAAAUGUACCCAGUGUCAGCACGGUGCUGUCCAUGUUCUGCUUGUGGAAGAAUCUUGAGAAGCGAUUCCCCAUCUCCUUCCCCAUAGCAUUAGAGGAGCUGUGCAGGAACUUAGCGCUAUGGGAUGUGGACAAGAUAGGGAUAUGUGUAAAGCUUUACUCAAGAUACUGCACCUUUCUUUAUGAAGAAAAGAACCUAAACCUGACACAGUUCUUCCUAAACCAGCCAUUUCUUGGCUCUCAGACAGAGUUACAGAAGAAGACUUUGUUGUGUAGGAUGACAGGUAACUCUAAACAAACAGAUGAAAAAUCUUCUGAUGAAAAGUCUUCCAUUCACUCUUUUAAUGUAUCAGAGAAUGAUGUGCAGAUAUUGAUGAAGCAAUGCAUGGAGGCUGAACAAGCAGUGCUUCAGUCCUCCAGCCCAAAGGAUGAAGAGGUCUUCCGAAAAUCAGUUCAAGCUCUGAAGUAUAAGGUUGAUGCCUACAAGAAAGAAAUUAAUCUAAUCCAAAAAGUAAUCAAGGAAACUGAAAAGAAAAAGUCCCAGCUCCUUACAAAGUUGAGCAAUCCACAGAUUAAAGACUGUAUGAAAGAACUGAACAAGACUAUUGAGAAUUUGUACCGCACACUGUCCAGGAGAACUGCAAAGUAUGAAGUGAUAAGGGAAGUGGAGAACAUGUCUGUUAAGGAGGUCAGCAGAGCUUCCAGGCCCCCUGCUGUUGUGUUGAAAGGUGCUGACCUAGGGGAGGAUGUGUCAGAGAGCAUGAAGGAGCUUGUUUAUGAACUUCUAAUGAAUGAGGUGAAGAUUGAAGAGGUUAGGCCUGCUUUGUGUGCCAUUGUGCAAAACCUGAGUGAUAAAGACCUGUCUGUGGUGCCCACCAACACAUGGAUCAGAAACUUUGCCAGAGUUGCUGGGCUAAAAGUCAUAACUCGUAGUAAUGUUCUGCGAUGGUAAACUUGAAAUGGAUAUUGAAAAUCCUAAAUGAAAUUUUACUCUUUCUUUGAAUGGCUAAUAUCUCCUGUCCAGACAUUCAGUAUGUCUGAUGAUACACUUCAAGGUGUCAGCAAAUUAAAUCAUAUUUGAUAUUUUGAUGAACAGUCAGUAUUACAAUGUCUUGCUAAUGUUCAGUAGACCAAAUAGUUUAAUGAAUAAUGCCUGAGGCCUACCUGGUAUUGGAUAGUCAAAGGUUCUGCUCCUCAUUGUUUAGGCAUGUAUAUGUUUUCUCAGUUUAUUUCAUAAUAUACUUAGGUAUAUAUUUUUUUAUUCUUGUGAAAAGUUUCAGCCAUUUCAAGGUAUAGCAAGAAAUGUGCAAACUAUGUACCAGUAAAGGAUGAAGUCAGUAUAUAGGGACAUAGUUAUUUAUUUGAAUAUCAUACAUAGUCACCUAUGCAAUUUGCCUUAUACAGUUUCAUAUAUUAAUAUAAUUAUAUGCAGUGGGUGACUUUCCACACCUAUGAUGAGUGGAUGAGGACCAAGACCCUAGUUGUCCUGUAACUGCAGUGAAUUACUUGCACCCUCCGCACGGUGUGAGUAUAGAGGAAGCCACAUGACACCAAGAGAACUAAAGCAUCCAUUUAAAAACAUAUAUAGCAAAAAAAUAAAUGCCUUAUAAUGAUAUGCUGCACUCAAAUGUACUGUACAUAGAGGCAUGUUCUUCCAAUGCCUGUCUGCCUGUUACACUGCCCUGCCUCGGAGGUUUUGUGACCCAUCUUUCAAACACUAGAUGCACACAAGGACCAUGCCAAGUGCCAGAGUUUGACGUAGGGUGCAUGCAUGGAACAUAAGUUCGUUCGCAACAAUAAAAAAAAAAACAUUAGCACUUCAAUAGCAUCAUCACAACUCCAAGGUCGUUUAGACAAAGGCACGAACGAGGACUUUUGAACAUAGCAAUAGAUCAAUGGAGAGAUUCAGUCAGCCUGGUGCUCCCAGAUGAUUAUUUUUGUAUGUAUAUUUGUUCAGAAUUCUAGCCAACUCCUUGAUCUUAAGGGAGAACUGUUCAUGGGCAUGUUAUUCAUUUUAUCUUUUUGUUCACUUACUGUUUGAAAAGCCUGUGUUCCCGCCUCACAUCUGAAUGGGUCCUCUUUUCGUUGGUUGCUUGUGAGGUGAUAUGUAGUCAUUUGUGGAUAAGUCUGUUACAAGUCUACUUCAAAACCCAACUGUCACUUAGCAUAGUCUUCAGUGUGCAUCAAAUAUGUGUUAAAGGACAUCUUACGGAACUCUGGAGGUAGGGUGGUAUAAAGGGAGGAGAGGUGUUGGAAGUACAAGCAUCUCCCUAACUUUUGAAUGAAGAUCCCCAUUAUAAGGGAUUUAUUAUUUUACAUAUAGCUAAGAGAUAAAUAUGUGCUGUGUGACAUUCUCUCACCAUCUUUGAGGUGAUAGUGAUUCUUUGUAGUUACAUUUAGACCUAAUUCUUUUGUACCGAAAAUGGCAACAGGCCAGUUUAUGAAAGUCACCCAUUUGAAUUAUCCAUGUCAUGAGUUGGUGACUAACUAUAAAAGACAGUGAAUGUGAGUAUACCUGAUAAGAUUAAGAAACCCUUACAGCUCAUUGUAAAUCUCCUUUAUAUCUGAUCUGAAGUAAGGUUUGAAACAAUCAA